AACUUGAUUUGUUUUAAACUUCAAAAUAUUCGUCUAUCGUUGAAUAACAAAUUAAAAUCAAAUUAAGAACAUCACCAUUUUGCAAGCAUGAUUUUAAGAUCUUACAAAGCGUUACCUUCAAAAUUCCUAUGUAGAAUGUUUGCAACUCAAACUCCCCAAAAGAGUAGCAGUGCCUGUGAACUACAACAUUCCUUCAACAAACGCCCCAUGGACCCGGCCAAAGUACGCAUGGGCUUCAUUCCCGAUGAUUGGUUUACAUUUUUCUACAACAAGACAGGUGUAACUGGCCCAUAUAUUUUCGGUGUUGGUCUCUUGAAUUAUCUCUUUUCCAAGGAAAUCUAUGUUUGUGAUCAUCACUUCUAUCAUGGCCUCUCAAUGGCCAUACUUUCCCUGGUGGCUGUCAAGAAACUGGGACCCAUGGUAGCUGCCUAUUGUGACAAGGAAAUUGAAAAAAUCGAACAAAAUUGGCAACAAAUGCACAGGGAUGAAGUGAAGGCAUAUACGAAUUUAAUUGAACAUGAACGCCAGGAACAAUGGCGAGCCGAAGGAAGCCUAAUGCUCAUGGAAUUGAAAAAGGAAAAUAUUGCUUUGCAAUUGGAAGAGGCACAUCGCAAAGCUAUGAUGAGAGUUUAUGAGGAUGUUGUGCGUCGUCUUGACUAUCAGGUGGAUUGCCGAAAUAUUGAGAUGAGGCUAAAUCACAAGCACAUGGUUAACUGGGUGGUGGAUAAGGUGAUGCAAGCUAUGCCUGAAAUUGGAGAUACAGUUGAGAGGGAGAAACAAAGGGCCAACUUAAAAGCAAUGGCCUUGAGAUUGAAGAACUGAAAGAAAUUUGAUAAAAAAAACUGAGAAACCUUAAGUGGGCUAAGAAUCAAUGGUUUGGAGAUUUAAGUUUUGAAAUGGAUUUGUGAAGAAGACAUAUAUUUUGUAAUAUUAUAAAGCUAUUCUAUUAUACAUGACUUACCUCACCUAAUGCCAACUCUUACCUAGUCCAAGUUACUGGUCAUGUUUUUGUUUUGAAGCAAAAAACAAACCUUGAUAUUAAAUUAUUUUAUCAUUAAAGUUA